AUGGAACUCACUACGCGAACAUCGGAGCUUGGAUCUGCUAGCAUUUUCUUUGACGCUGCUCUCGACGAGGCUCUAGAUUCUGUUCUAAUGGGAACACAUCCAUCUUCAAUGGACGCAUACAACCCAUCAACUAUAAGUCACGAGGAGCAAACACUCUACAGCGCACAAUUAGCGAUAGAGUCAUCCAAAGAACCAUUUACCUGGAAAGCAAACCAAACCGCUCAUCCAUUCGCCAUCUCCCAGCAUCCCUCUUCGACCGAACUGUCCCCGAUGUCUUUCUUGAAUACUACCCAAGACGACUACCUCGAGCUUGAUGAGCUGAGAACCCCAGAACUUGGUCCUAUUGGGCCUCUGUCUCCUACUCCUAAUGAUACAUGGCUUGAUAAUACCAGCUGUUUCGCUGGACUGACCAGCGCCGAGCAAGGAAUGGAGCCAAUACCAAAUCUGAUGGAGAAGCCUGAAAUGAAAACCCCCAGAAAACAAGGCGAUCAAUUUGAAUACGUCUUAGGAGGGAUAGGAGGAGAAGUACCUUUGAUACAGUGA